AUUCAAAUCCUUCUAUCAGAGAGCAGUAGAUGAGUGUUUAACAAGUCCAAAUGGACACCUGGACCUGGUCCUCCGCUUCCUAAUGGGUCUUUCACUGCAGACUAAUCAGAGACUCCUACAAGGUCUUCUGACACAGACAGGAAGUAGUUCAGAGACCAAUGAGGAAACUGUUCAGUAUAUCAAGGAGAAAAUCAAUGACAAUCAGUCCGUAGAGAAAAACAUCAACCUGUUCCACUGUCUGAAUGAACUGAAAGAUUGUUCUCUGGUGGAGGAKAUCCAACGGUCUAUGAGUUCAGGACGUCUCUCCCCUGAUAAACUGUCUCCUGCUCARUGGUCAGCUCUGGUCUUCAUCUUACUGUCAUCAGAAAAAGAUCUGGAUGAGUUUGAUCUGAAAAAGUAUUCCCCUUCAGAAGAGGCUCUUCUCAGACUGUUGCCAGUGGUCAAAGCUGCUAAGAAAGUUAUACUAAGUAGCUGUAACCUCYCAGAUAGAAGCUGUGAAGCUCUGUCCUUAAUUCUUGGCUCCCAAACCUCUAAUCUGAGAGAGCUGGACCUGAGCACCAACAACCUGAGGGAUGCAGGAGUGACGCUGCUGUGUGCUGGACUGGGGAGUCCAUUCUGUGAACUGGAAACGCUAAGUCUCUCCGGCUGUCUGAUCACAGAGGAAGGUUGUGCUUCUCUGGCCUCAGCCCUGAACUCCAGCGCCUUCCAUCUUAAAGAGCUGGACCUGAGCUACAACCAUCUGGGCGAGGCGGGAAUGAAGAUSCUCUCUUUUGGACGGGGCUGUCCAAAAGGGGGACUGGAAACUCUGAGGCUGGAGCCUGCUGGACUCCGAUGGYUGAGACCAGGUCUGCAGAAGUAUUCCUGUCAACUCACYAUCGACACAAACACAGUGAGCAGAGAGCUCAAACUGUCUGAGGACAACAGGAAGGUGACCCGUCUUGAGGAGCUUCAGUCAUACCCUGACCAUCCAGACAGAUUUGAUAACUGCCCUCAGCUGCUGUGCAGAACUGGUCUGACUGGUCGCUGUUACUGGGAGGUGGAGUGGAAGGGGGAGGUUCGUAUUUCAGUGACUUACAGAAGAAUCCAAAGGAAAGGUAAUGUUGACGACAUUGUGUUUGGAAGGAACGAUCAGUCCUGGAGUUUGGACUGCGCCGACAUCGGCCGUUACUCCGUCUGGCACAGUAAGACAGGAACAUCCAUCUCCUCCUCUUCCUCCUCCUGYUCCUCCUCUCCCAUCACUCACAGAGUAGCKGUGUAUGUGGACUGUCCUGCUGGCACUCUGUCCUUCUACAGAGUCUCCUCUGACUCCCUGAUUCACCUCCACACCAUCAACACCACCUUCACUCAGACUCUUUACCCUGGAUUUUCAUUCAGGUCGUUUGGCUCCUCAGUGAGUCUUCCUGAAGACUCUAGUCUCUACUAGCUCCUCCUGUACUCUCUCUGUARCAUCCUCCAUUUGCYYUACUGUCAUUUAUUUUGCUAUAUUAUAAAUUAUUACAACUGGUACCUCAUGUUAUGUCAGUUUGUGAACAAUUUCCAGUUUACUGUGAUGGACCAUUCCAUGUCCUUUCGGCUUGUAAGGAUUGACUGAGGAUGUUUUGAUUCGAUGUGGACGUUUUGUGAAUAACUGCGCAGGUUGUACUUGCUGUAUUAAUCGUUCUGAACAUCUUGCAUUGUUACAUAUGUAUUUGCUGCUGUUUGGUAUUGGUCAGUGUUACUGUUUUAGAUCAGAGCUUACAACUACUGUAGUGUUGAGUAGCUAAUCCAAGUAGAUUUACUAGUCAGUGGUUUUCUAAAGCUCAGCUGUUAAUGAUCCUGUGAGUUUUUUCAACAGUGCAGGAAAAGUUUAUUUCUUUUCCAGCUUGAUUUAAUUAUAAUGAUCCAAAGGGAAACUCUUAGCUUUAAGUCCAGGCCCUGAUGCAGAACCAUGUACCAAAGUUAGAACCAAUUCUGUCUGCUGGAUGCUGCAGCAAGUAUGAAGUCAAUCCACACUUGCUGGAUUGUCAAUCCACACUCCUGAGGAGUUGAGGAGACAUGAAAUCACUUCAUGUCUCCUGUGGAUUUCAGGUGAGGUAUCGCUCUCCUUCCACAUCGACUUCUGCUGCACUGGAGCUACUUCUCUUCUGAUCCACUGCUGCAUCCAGCAGAGACCACAGCUCACCUGUAAGUAUUUUAAAAAGUCAUUACACAUAAWUAUAUACGAUACAAGCAGAUGAAAUGCAGCAGUACUGUCUAAAGUUAAUUAGGAAAUAAAUAAAAACUCUCAAGAGUCUUCUCCUGCAUCUUAUGAAUCAGGUAGCUUAAGAACAUYGAMCUGCUUUUAAACAAGAGCCAAGAGUUUUGAACUGAGGGUCCAGAAAUGUGGCUACUGUCAUGUUACUUCAUGUCACUGUUAAGAAGCAGUAAGUUUUUCUUAAACAUUUUGAAUUUUAGUGUCUCAAUGAGUCUUAGUGAAAUGUUUGCUACCUUGUGGAUGUGUCCUCAAGGUACAAAACCCAGCUCUUUUGUAGAAAUAGUUGGACUGCCGGAUGUAAGGGCUGCCAUUCUGAAAGCUGCUUUGGUGCAAGUGAUUCAAUAAAUAAGCUUUGAUAGCCRAACAGCCAAAGUUUGACUGAAUUCUUCUUUCCACACCUCUCAGUGUAACAACAGUCACAUUCUUUAAUGAGUCAUCAGACAUUAUUGUCUGAUAAUUAAAUUAUCAGACACAAAGCUCUGUUAUUCCAACUGUGACUUUAUUUUGUUUUCUCAGUUUUUCUCUCCAGAGAAGUUCCACCUGCCAGAAAACCACAACGACACAAAACAAGAGAUGGUCGCCGUUUUCUCGUAAGGAUGCUGCAGGUCAAUAACUCGAUGCAACCUGCUGGGUUUCCUUAGAU